AGUCUCAGAUGAAGAUGAAGUCUGCGGGCGUCGUGGAUGGAGGCUUGUUCACAGAGAGCUAUUGUAACAUCUGCAAUGCCCAGCUCAUCUCCGAGUCCCAGCGCACCGCUCACUAUGAGAGCAAGAAACAUGCCAACAAGGUACGGCUGUUCUAUAUGCUUCACCCUGAAGAUGGAGGACCACCGUCUAAAAGACUAAGGCCAGAUAACCCGGACUGUGCAGAAACAGAAGUGGACAGGAAUAAGUGCUGUACCUUGUGUAAUAUGUUCUUCACAUCUGCAAUUGUGGCCCAGUCACACUACCAGGGCAAAACCCACGCCAAGAGAGUCCGCCUGGUGCUGGGGGAGCCGCCCAGCGUACCAACAGCCAUCUCCAGUCCUACAAACACAGAUUCCUCACCUUCCACCCCGCUGCCCACAGACCCUGCUGCAUGCCCCCCUCCGCCGCCUGCUCUUCCGUGGCCCACUGAGGUGGUCAGUGGAAAUGGCGGGAGAGAGGCCGGGAAGUACUGCUGUUUGUGCGGGGCCUGGUUCAACAACCCGCUGAUGGCCCAGCAGCACUACGAGGGGAAGAAACACCGCAGGAAUGCAGCCAGGGCACGUCUCCUGGAGGAGCUAGCAGGAAGUCUGGAUGCCACAGAGAGCACAGGGCUGCGCAGCAGUUACUCAUGCAGCGUUUGCAGUGUGGUGCUCAACUCUAUUGAGCAGUACCAUGCACACCUCCAGGGCUCCAAGCACCAGAACAACUUAAAGCAACACCAGCAGUAAGUCACCGAGACAGACCGCUCUGGAAAGGAAAAGAGACAAAGACGGAGAUUGCUGGGAUAAACAACUUCCAAAAAAAGAGGACUUAUUUCAGAGAGUUUUGAAAAUGAAUCACCGGUGUGUUAGUGUGUGUGUGUGUGUACGUCUGGGUGUCACUAGCAUCUAUGCACACAUCUUUAGUAUGUGUGCGGUAAAUGAACGUGUUGAUUUCUAACUUUGAGAUUUCUUCAGCACCUUGUGUUUGAUGAGUUUGACACUGACGACCAUCAAAAGACCUGUGGCCGAGUAUUGCCAUGUAACUCCUGUGUGAACCACAAUCCUAAAAUUCAACUGAUGUCAUCGCCCAGAGUGGUAAUAAUCGUUACAAUGAUCGUCAUGAAACAGAUGUAAUAAUUACUCUGUACCUCAGUCCCCCAAGUGCUCUGACAGUGAUCCUAGUCUGGAUAUGUUCUUUGCUCUCUUCAUGCUUCUGAUAUGCAGUGAAUGUGAUGAUGGUGGCGUGCACAUGGCUUACUUUCAGACCACUUGAGACCCUACUCAGGCCCAGACUUUCAAAUCCAAGGACAAGAAAACUCCUGAUGACCUCAGCCAUCACUGACUGCAUGAUUUUCCAUAACUCAAAACACAAGGGUAUUUUUUCCUUUGAAUCCACUGUUGUGUGUCAGUGUGAUGGAUUGGUUUGUUUUGAAAUUAUGUGUAAUUUUUCAACCCAUCUUCAAAUAUCCAACAUUAUCUGAACUUGGAGAUAAAAGAAAAACUCAGCACAGAGGCUUUCAAAUAUUUUCUCUGAAGAGGGUCUGUCUAAUUCUGUGACUCAUCUACUGUUGAAAACAUUCCCACAGCACUAAAUAAUGAUGUCAGAUGCAGUCUGGACAUGACAGAAACUCUCUAAAAAGGGCAACAUGUUGACAAGAUUUAUUUUUCUGUUGCUAUUGAGGAAAGAAUCUCUCACUAAUCCAUGUAGCAGCCAAUGUACAAUACAACUGGGAUGUAAUUCAAUGCAUGCAAACAUUGCAUUCACUUGCCUUUUUGAAGCCUAUCUAGUAUAUGCUUCUGCAAUGGCAACGCUUUCUACUGAUAGCCGCGUAAUGCAUUACAGCACAUGCUUGUAAGUGAACAUAGAAGUCACCUUUUGAGCUGGCUUAUUGUUAACAUCUUACUCAUGGAAAGAGGAAAAAACAUUUUGAUACUUGAGUAUUACAUCAGCCACUGCAGUGUACCGGCCUCAUACGUAGUGUGUGUAAAGUGUGUUUCAGUUGAGCUUUGUAGCGCCUUGAAAAAACACAAAAAGACUCACCCUGCUUUCUUAAACUGGCUCUGAGAGUGGCCCUGACAGGCAUAAUUCUACGGGCUAAAGGAGAGGACUGAAGAGUUCGUCUGCUGGAUAACAUCGGUCCACACUUUUUCCGUUUUUUCUUUUAUUUUUAUUUUCCUUUCAUUAUUAUUCUAAACACAUAAAAAGAUUUUAUUAUGGCACAGUUCAUGUCACAGUGAGGGGACAACCAUGCGACCUGAUUAGAAACUAUUUUUUUUAGCAGACUUAUGAAUGAGCAAUGUUUUUUAUGCAAUCACUGUUAUAUUAACUGUACAAUGUGGGGUGGUGAAAUAGUUUAACAAGGCAAAAAAAGUGUUGUGUAUAAGUAAACAGUAGCUGCAGGAGAUGUUUCUGUUUUAAAAAGAACAAGAGUUUUGUAUUCAUAGUGUUUAUCUGCACUGAGCCACACACAAUGAUUAUUUUAUGAAAACUGCUUGAAAUUGCAAAUAAGCUGAAGGUGGAAUAAAAAUAAGUUGCCCAUUUUUUACUGGAUACAUUAAUUAAAAAUAAAUUAAUCCUGAACCAGAAAUUUUUCGAUGGACCAAAAUUUACCCCCAGGACAACACAAGAUGGUAAUAUUUGUAAGAAGGAAUUUUGAUGGCAGAGGUUCUCAAGAAGAAAACUA